AUUGGCUACAAGACCUUCUCUGCCUCCAUGAUGCUCCUCACUGUGUACGGAGGUUACCUCUGCAGCGUGCGCGCCUACCAUUAUUUCCAGCUGCGCAGUGCCAGGCGCCAGGCGGCAGAAGAACAGAAGACAUCUGGAGUCCUGUAGAGCUCAGCUUUUGCUUCUGAGCGGCCAGGCUUGAGACGUGAAAUGGAAAGACCUCCCCUGUACGUCAUCCAUGGCAAGAACUAAGCCACGGUGGCUAUCACACCUGCUGGGCUAAAGCGCCGUGGUUUCUGUGGUCCUACCGGCUUGUGCCAUUUUGUCAGUGUGUGGAGGCUGUCAGAUAAAGGGGAAUGUGAGGAUGAGGUUUAUUACGGAGAUUAGAUAAAUAUUCUGCCAUGUUAAAAAAAAAAAA